AUCGAAGGAAGAUGGGAAAUAGCGUUAAGUUGGCUUUCCUCCUAAAAUACACAUUUUAUGCGACGAAACAUAAUGAUUUUUCUAAUAUAUCAACUUUAGCUACUGUACAUUACUACGAAUGCAGUAAUUAAUCUGAUAAACAAUACGUAUCAUAAGGCAAUUGUGCUGAGUUGCUACCGCCUUUACUCAGCCACCGGCAGAUGAUUGCAAAUCGCCAAAGUAAUAGUUGUUAACUGUUGUGUAACUGUGUAACUCAGAACAUUGCCACUAUGAGCCAGACUAACGAGGACUGUCAUACGUGGGCAGAUGAAAUUUAUAGGAGGCAGGUUGGGUUUAACAAUACCUGUAGAUAUCCAAGUAACUGGGAUACGAGCAUUCAAACAACAUCACACAGACUUGUAGAAGUCUCAAAGCAUCGUCAUCAGGGGGAAUAUAAGAAAGUACAGAAAUUGUUCAACAUGACAUUUCCAGAAGGAAAUAUCACAAAACUUGAGCGGGUUCAAAAUUAUAAUUGUUGGGCCACAUAUGCACGGCAAAAAGAAGUAAUGAUCAACAAGAAUUGCUUUGAUGAGCGUCAACUUUUUCACGGUACUAAAGAAGAAAACGUUGAAGAUAUUUGCCGAGAUGGUUUUGAUUUCCGUCUGAGUGGAACACGACAUGGUGCUGCUUAUGGCCAAGGUGCGUAUUUUGCGCGCAAAGCCAAGUAUUCUAAUGACUAUGCGGAGGCCAAUAUAUGCAACAUGAAGAAGAUGUUUGUAGCACGAGCUCUUGUGGGUGUUUACACCCUUGGAACACGGGACAUGCGGAGACCGCCGUAUAAAGAUCUCUUGGAUAGGACAAAAGGAAUGUAUGAUACUUGCGUCGACAACAUAAGUAAUCCAAACAUCUUUGUGAUAUUUGAUAACCAUCAAGUAUAUCCGGAAUACCUGAUCACAUAUUCAACCUCUAGUGCCAAUCAAGUAUCUUAUAGUAGUAGCAACCAACAAUUCUUAAGGUCUUUUGUAGGCGGAGUAUGUGGCGCUAUUCUGAGAGCUUAUAAUAGUAGCAACCGACGAUCCUCAAACACUUAUAACCCACGGCCUACCAGACAGUCAAGAAGUGCACUUGGUGCCAAUCAAAUAUCUACUAGUAGUAGCAACCAACAAUCGUCAGACCCUUAUAACCCACGACCUAUUCGGCAAGUAACAAGCAGUGUACCUGUUGCCAAUCAACCAAGCAACCAACUGUCAAGAAACCCUAGUACUCCAUUACCUACCACCCAGUCAAGCAGAAGUGUGACCAGCGUCAAUCAAACAUCGCAUAAUAGCAGCAAUCCCCAAACCCUUAUAACCCUUGGCCUUUCAUUCAGUCAAUUAGAAUUGCGCUUAGUGCCAAUCAGACACCACACAUUAGUAGCACCCAACAAUCAUCUAACCCUAACCCCUGGCCAUUCAUACAGACAAUUAUGAGUCUGCUUAAUACCAAUCCAAUAUAUUAUAGUAUUAAUGGUACCGUCAUAGCAGUAGAACAAAUAUCAUUGUUUUUAUUAUUCAUCACAUUCAUAUCUGUAGUAUUAACCCUCACUCCCUCUUCUGUUUUUGUUACGUAUCUAGUGUUUUUCUUAUUGAUAUCAACCAUGAUUUAUAUCGAUGGAAUGAGUUAUGACGUCUGGUGUGUAUGUAGACGUACAUUAAUAGGAACAUUAAUAUUAUCAAUAAUAUCAUUACGAGUGUUUCAGUUAUUUAUGUAUUUAUUACAAAUAUUAUUUUCAGUUUGUUAUAAUCAUUUUACUGUCUAUAUACUCUUUUCCUCUUUUAUAACAGCCAUGAUGUAUGCAAAUGAGAUAAGAAUGAAUUUCAAGCACAUAUGUAUGUGGGUAUUAUCAGAAUUAUUAAUAUUACUUUUUUUACCAUUUUUAUAUUUAUUACAAAUAUUACUUUCAUAUAGUUACAUAAAUUAUGUUGUAUUGGUUCUACUGUUUUCCAUUUUUAUAAUAUCUAUUAUCUAUGUAAUGGAUAUUAAAAAUAUAUAUAAGUGUGUGUUAAUAUCAGAAUUAUUUUUGUUAAUAUUGUUACCGGUAUUACAAAUAUGUUUUUAUUUUUUUAUUUGUUACACAUAUUAUUUUUUAUUUAUUUAUUUUAAAAAGUUGUUCUGUGAGGGUCGUCCAUCCAGCUAAAGCUCUUUGUUUUUUUUUACACCUAAGCAAGACAUUCUUUUUUGCGAAACUGAUUUUUUUAAAGAUCAUCAGAGGUGGGUGGAAAAAAAAAAAAAUUGCUUAUCAGUAACGGGAUGGUUAAAUCUUAUUUUUGGAGAUUUUAA